AAUAUAUAUUUAUUAAAUACGCAUUUUUAACCUUACAAAAUUUGGCCAGACCCUCUAUAAACAAACCACCUUCUUGUUAUUUUGCUAGUAUUACAAAAUUUUGAGCAUCAAUCGUCAGAAGAGUUUCUCAGGUCCAGUAUUGGAUGCUUCAAAUACACAGGAUCGACAAGAAGCGUUGUUAUUGUUACAACUUUAAGCAGGAAAAGCUAGUGAUAUUAGCUAAAAUUUGAGGCACAUAUAUCUGGCAUUUGAAGGGAAGUGUUGAAGUGAUGGGUAGCAAGAUAAAAAUCAAAUGGCCAAGAGAAGUCACAGCGGCUUUUGUUGAACGGCUGAUUCGAGCAGAAAAAGAUGUGCAAAAAGCGGUUCUUAUAUUUGACGCAGCAACAGCAGAGUACUCUAAUGGCUUCCGGCAUGAUCGUAGCACAUUUGGUCUCAUCAUCUCGAGAUUGCUUUCUGCAAAUCAUUUUAAAUUAGCAGAAGAUAUGCUUGUAAGAAUGAAGGAUGAGAGCUGUAAGAUUACUGAGGAUAUAUUCCUCUCAAUCUAUAGAGCCUAUGGGCGUGUUCACAAGCCACUUGAAGUGAUCAGGGUUUUUCAAACGAUGAAGGAGUAUAAUUGUGAGCCAACCCAGAAAUCGUAUAUUACAGUUUUCUCUGUACUUGUUGAUGAAAACCGGUUAAAAACUGCUUUUAGGUUUUAUCGUUACAUGAGGGAGGCGGGCAUUACACCGUGUGUUGCUUCGCUUAAUAUUUUGAUUAAAGCUCUCUGCAAGAACAGUGGAACAAUGGAUUCUGCUUUUCGUAUUUUUCAUGAGAUGCCUAAGCGCGGAUUUACACCGGAUUCCUAUACGUAUGGGACUCUCAUUAAUGGGCUUUGCAGAUUGGGUAAGGCCACUGAAGCAAAAGAACUUCUGAUGGAGAUGGAAGCAAAUGGUUGUUCGCCUACUGUAGUCACCUAUACUUGUUUGAUUCGUGGCUUUUGCCAGUCAAAUAACUUGGAUGAAGCCAUGAGAUUGCUUGAGGACAUGAGGAGCAAAGGUAUUGAGCCCAAUGUGUUCACUUAUAGUUCUUUGAUGGACGGUCUUUGUAAGGGUGGACGUUCCUCUGAAGCAAUGGAGCUAUUGGAGAUAAUGAUUCAUGAGCGGAAUGUUCCAAAUAUGAUAACUUACAGUACCUUAAUUCACGGACUUUGUGGAGAAAGUAAAAUUGGAGAAGCCUUAGAGGUUUUCGACAGAAUGAAACUUCAGGGCUGUAAGCCUGAUGCAGGGUUAUACUGGAAAGUCAUCAAUGGCUUUUGUGAGAAUUACAAAUUUCAAGAAGCAGCCAACUAUCUUGACGAAAUGAUUCUUAGUGGAAUAUCUCCAAACCGAUUAACUUGGAGCUUGCAUGUGAAGAUCCAUAAUGCAGUAGUCCGAGGCCUGUGUGCUGUGAGUGAUCCAAAGCGAGCUUUUCAAUUGUAUCUAAGCAUGCGCACCAGAGCCAUCUCAGUUGAGCCUAAGUCUUUUGAGACUUUAGUCAACCAUUUCUGCAAGAAAGGAGACGUGCACAAGGUUGCUCGUAUUGUCGAGGAAAUGUUGAUUGAUGGAUGCAUUCCAGAUGAACAAACAUGGGCUGUUGUGGUAGGUGGAUUUUGGGAUAGAAGGAAGGUAAGGGAAGCAGCUGAUUCGGUACAGGUUGACCUGAUGUGUAAACAUAUGGAUAGUGGAACUUGAUGUCUUGUUCAAGUUACUGAUUACAACCGGAUCUUGGAGCCUGAUGUCUUGUUCAAGUUACUGAUUAUGACCAAAGUGCCAUUGUUAAUCCAUAUGAAUGCAGAACCAACUAAGCCUGGUUUUAUGCAUUGCUUCAUCCUCUAAAAUCAUUUUUGGUAAAUCAUAACAUUGUGGGUGUCUGUUGUAUUUACUCUUUUUAUCAUGGAUAUUUGGUGCAAAGCUAAGAUUAUUCCAUGGCAACCUGGAACUCAAGGGUUCAAGUUGCAGUUCAGUCUUCGCAGUGCACAGUGGUAAGUGUUCAGAAACUCUAUUCCUUAAUGCCCCACAUGGAGUUCUUGAACUUAAUGUUUUCAAUGAAGUGCUUAUUAUAUACAGUAACAUUUACGCGAUUGAGCGCAAUCUUUAAUUCUAGUAUCUUUCCUCCAGAAUUUUGAAUUAUGACUCUUUUUCCAUAUUAAGAACGCACUUGUUGAUAUCUGGCUUCCUGGACUACAGAUUAUCUUCAAAUUCCGUGAAGGCAAAAACUAAGCAUUCUUAUUUCUACAUUCACUGCUAAAUCAUUUACAGCUUCAUUUGGGAAGUCAGGUCGAAGGCCAUUAAAAUGGUUACGUUGUUACAUGAGUGGAAAGACAAAUAAGAACAACGAAUGUCACUCUGAAUGUAAGAGGAGGAGAGUAUACACAUAAGUCUCUGAGAACAAACAUAUUAGUUAGCAGUGAGGGGGAAGCCAAUGCCAUGACGUUGCGUAGGAAACACCACAAACAACAUACUGCAGAUGACGCCAAUACCAACUGGCAGAGCUGUAAGCAGUUCCUGUGUUUCAUAUGAAGGUGUUGGGUAGAAACAAUUUACCACAUUCUGAUCAAACAACGCAACAGCCGCAAAAACCAAUAUUGACAUGAUGGCAUGCAUGAAAUCUAUAAAUUUCAGCUUGUACUUUGCUGCGAUUUCUGAUGGGAGAGUCUCUGAUCCAUCAAUUAUCCACAAGCCCCGCAAUGUGGCAAACCCAUAGCAAACAUUUCCUUUUUGAUCCUUGAAACUAUCAGUGAAGCUCAGUAGGAAACAUGACAGUCCACAAAGUGCUACAAGAGCAGCAGUCAUGGAUCGACCAACCACAUCACAAUUCCCUUGGUUUGUGAAUAUGGGGGAUAAAAAUUGAAAAGCAAGUACCGAUCCAGUAGGCAGAAGAUUGGCGAGGUGCGCAGUGCUUUUAAAUGUCUGGCUUAUUGCCUGUUGUAUCAGGUUUUUCUCCACUUCAGGCAGUUCUGAUUUUACAAGCAGGGGAGCUUUCUCUUCAUCAAGAUAUAGGGAUGUCUCAUUUUCCACCUUAAUCUCCAUAGCCUGGAAGUCUUUAGUUAAUAGUAUUAAUUUUAUAUCUUCCCAAAUUUGUGUUAGAAUGUUGUUGUUUGAGGAUGUUUUUAUAACUGAUUGAAGAUUAAUAUAGAGUGCACAUGGGUUAAUGAUGCCUUGCAAGAAAGAAAAACAGAAGCAACUCUUCCCCGGUAUUCUAGGUUUGGAGUUUCAGUUACCAUUUGGUACCAGAUAGCUACAUAAAGUAUUUAGAAAUUUGCUUUAAUGCCUCGCAGUUUCCUUUACAGUUAUGGAACUCAAAUUGUAGAAACUGAUGUUGGUUCAGGGUAUAUGUUUUUAACUGAAUUAUAUUCUUUUACUUGGUCUUUUGUCAUCAAAAAGUUCACUUUACCUCAAAUUGUAACUUUAAGUUUAUUGAGAAAAAGAAGUUUGAACUUUCUGUUGGAAUUGUU